AUGCCCUUGUUCCCUGCCCCCCUCCAACUCCUUUGUCGUGGUCUGUUUCCAUGUGCUCCUAUCACUCCCUCACUCGCAGUGGACUUGCGCAUUUUAGAGUUCAUCCGUCUUCUCUUUGUACGCCAGUCUCCCAACCAAACCGUGUGGUGUGAUGCGGUGGAAACCUUUCUAGAUGGAAUGGGGUACAAGUUGUCAUGCAAGUCUUUCAUCAGAAUAACUUGCAUCGUCGUUUUGGCAAUGCUUUUCACUGGUACGAGUGCUGAGCAUCUUGGCUCAUCACAUUUCUGCUCUCAUCGCCGACGUUCGGAAGGGCCAGGCGCGUCUCCCACAUCAUCGAUCAGCCAAAUGGAUACCUUCGUUCUUGUUGCCUGCUUUGUUUUGGAGGAAAUGUUUGCCAUGGAGCAGAUGCUCGUUCCAUUAUCAACCCUUCCUAAUCCAACUCCGACCUUCUUUCUGUCGAAGGACGAUGUCAAAGUGAUGGAGGAUUUUGUGCAAAAGUUGUCGGAAGAGAAAGACGUCAAAGCGGGCCUUUAG